UUUGCAACAACAGCAGACUUACACUGAAUAAACGAAGAAGACACCAGCAGCUCCUAGCUUAGCUCGCUCCAGAAAUGAAACAAUGUAUUUCAUUAAAAGCUACUUAAAGCCUUAUUUCCAGAGACGCUCAUGAAUUUUAUUUCUAUUUUUUCACCCAUUGGGUAACCACAAAGGGGCAGCCAUGUACUUCCAGGGCGGUCGCAGGAGAGGUAAAGAGGGCAUCGCCGUGGCUCUUGAUUUCCUGCUGUCGAACGCCCGGCUGGUUCUGGGAGUUGGAGGAGCUGCCUUGCUGGGAAUUGCUACACUGGCAGUGAAACGAUUCAUAGAGCGCGCCGGCCGUGCUGCAGAAGAUGAAAAAGUGGAGCAGAAGAUAGCUGAAAGCUGGGAGGACCUGAGUUUAGCCUCUGCUUCCCCAACUAUGAUUAGGAAGGGCAUUGAAGGUGUGGUCCUGAAGCAUGUUGCCAAGGCAACCAGGCAGCAGAAAGCUGAUCUCUGCCAAAAACCAGAGGCGUCGUCUCCUGAUAUGCAGCCUAAAUCAGAAUCAAAGUCCAAAAGGAUUCAGCUUUGUGCGCUCAGUUUGCAGGAACGCCUACAGCAGUACUGCCGCACCAGAGCAGUCCUUGCUCCACAUGAGGUCCAGAAAGCCCAGUCUCUGGCUCUGGACAUCUGCACUGAGAUCCAGCGCUUUCUUCACAGUCGUCAUCCAGACAUGCCUUUGGGAGAAAUGAGCCUCGGCGGUUCUCUGCUGGACGACCUUCAGGUGGUUAGCGCAGACCAUGCAUGUCUGCUGGUUCCCCUUCAGCUGGAAGCCUCCCUGUGGCGCCUCAUCCCCGGGGAAGAGACUCUCCUCACACAUCCUCUGCACUGGAUGGUCCGACGAUUAAAUUUGGAAUAUUUUCCUAGAGGACGCAGUUACUGGGACAGAUACCUGGUGGGGGGUUACCUGUCUGCAGAAGUGGUGGUGAACAUGUUCAGCAAGGCGGUCAUGGAAACGGUGAACUGGCCGGCAAUCAGCAGCACUUUGGACUGUCUUGUCAGACCUGUUCUAGGAGGACCAGAUCUGAAACUGGAGAUCCGGCCUGGAAGUGAAGAAGCAGCUGAACGCUGCCAUCAGCCCCUGUUCAUUUCUGUGUUGCCCAUCCUGAGGGAGGGGGACGUGGUCCUGACAGCUCAGCCUGAGCUCACCUCUCCCUGGGUGAAUGCCUGGCGUCUUUCCCUUUACCCCUGCGAGACUCAGCGUCUGGUUCAGCUCGACACAGCUGAUGACGGCUGCCGCAGACAAACAGUUAAAGUCCUGAAGGCCGUGUGUCGACUGAACCCUGCACUGCGAGCGCUGGAGGCCGCCCCGCUGACCAACCUUGUCCUGCACCUCAGUGACAGUGAGUGCGACUGGUCCCAGAACAGCCUCCAUGCGCGGUUCCAGCAGUGCAUUGUAGAGCUGAUCGGCUACCUCGAGCAAGGCGUGUUGCAAAGUUACUUCAAACCAGCCGUCAACCUGUUGAGCAACUUGUCAGAAGACCAGGUGGACCAGAUGGGAUUCAUGCUCUAUUGCGCUAUAUCAGAGCCUGAAAUAUUGCUCAUAUAACCUUUUGUUCACUUCUCCCAUGGAAAGUAAAAAAAGCAAACCGUUACGGUGAUUAAAAGGUCGACAUCGUCCACUGAUGUCAGCAGCUAAACUCCAGACCUGAUUGUUAAACUAGUCAGAAGAGACGUGCCAAGAAACAGAAUGAGUUCAACACAGUGUUGUAUACGAUGUGCAUUUAAUUUUUAUGAAAAUCUUUCAUAAAUAAAAUUACAUACAUUUAAAUAAAUUAGUUAUCAUAAGGAGAGUGCAAUUGUUAUUUAAUUGCUUGUAUUAUUUCUUGUGUGUUCUCUGUAUUGUUUGUGUUUUCCUAAAAGUCCAUUAAAUGCUCUUUAUAAAAAAUCGA